UGUCAAACGGUGCCAGUGACGUUUGACAUAAAUAAAUAAGAGGGUGCUAUCGUGGGUUGGGAAAUCAGGGUGACAGGGUGUUCUUGGGUGGAAAAGGAGGAGGAAAGUGCGUGGGCACUGUGAUAAUAUUGAGGGAGUGAGGGGGUGAUGUCGCAUCUAGCCGCCUCCACCGCUAACGUGGACCGUGGUGCGAUUGCGCAUUGCAACAUUGACUUGUUACGCAGCUCGGACUGUACCUGUUUUACAUAAGUUAGCAAGGGACGGAGAAUACUGUUCUCAUCGAGCGACUUAUAUACAGAGUAGGUACGUAUCAUGUUGUCGAUAUUUUGUGGGAUAGGCGAAGGAUCGUCUGGAUACACCUGUGUGUUUAUCUGUUUGUGUGAAUUUUAUUUGCAAGUUUCCGUGCGUACUUUGUCCGUCACAUGAAUCAGCUCGUGCUUGAACGUUGUUAUUCUUGUUUGACAUGACUUUAGAAGAUCCAUUUUACGUCGUCAAAGAUGAGGUGUUCAAAGCAUUGAACAAAACACGCGGCCUAUACCUCAGGUGGCAGGAGAUUUCGAAGGCGCCAACUAUACCCAACAGUCCUGAAGUGGAAUGGACUUCAACGGAGUUGAGGAACGCUCUCCGUAAAAAAAAUUCAUCAAAAUUCAAAAUCGACAAUAAAGAAAUUUCGGAAAGACGGAGUUUUAUAGAAGCUACGAAGCAAGAAGUGAAGGUGAUGAAAAGUAAAAUGAGCCUGAACAGAAAUCGAGACAACGAUGGGACGGCACGAGAACCGCUGCUGGGCGACGAAAGUCCAGUGCACAACAUGAGUAAUGUUUGGACAGCUACACCAAAAUAUACGAAAUACUCGAAACUUGCCAACCAGACCGACAGUCCUAACCGGUUUGACUAUGACAGUGAUAUCAUGUCCAUGCAGGAGAAGAUGCUGACGAGUCAGAAUGACCAGCUGCAAGUGAUCAGCCACUCUGUGGGGUCAUUGAAAACUGUUUCUAAACAGAUUGGGAUCGAACUGGACGAGCAGGCUGUGAUGUUAGACGAUUUGAACACAGAACUUGAAAAUGCUGAUUCUAAACUAGAUUCAACGUUAAAGAAAGUUGCUAAGGUGCUCCAUAUGAAUAACGAUCGACGCCAGUGGCUGGCGAUAUUAAUCCUGGUAGGCCUUCUAAUGAUAAUACUAAUAUUAUUCGUUAUAAUUUGAAGCAAAUUUCAAGUAAUUUUUGUUUCAAUAAAUGUUAAAUCAUGUUUGUAGCUAAGUGAUAUAUUCUUAUAUGAUAACGUCAUAGUAUCUAUAAUCUGUCUGUACUAUCACUUUGUAGAUAUUAUCAAUUAGAAUUGUAACUGAAUUGUUCAUUUAAGUUUAAUUUAUAUAUUGUUAGCUAGCUAGUUAAAUGUUUGAAUGUGUUGCUUGAACACCGUCUUCCGUUGAAUUUUGAUGUAUAGGAUUAAAAACCCUGUCUUAUCUAAAAGGCGCCAAAUAGAAAAUUAUAUACCUAUAUAGAUAAAAAAUGUCGACAUUGCAACGUGUACUAGGUAUUUGAUACACCACAAUUAAGAAGAUGCCUAAUGAUAUUCUCACGUUCACACAUAGGAAAGGAACUUUGUAACGUUUAGAUAUUUUUAACGUAUUAGACAUAUUCAGCAGCACUCCUGUUUGCUCCUUUUAUAAGGUAUUACGAUGUUCAUAUUCUCAAAUGUCGCGUGAAUAGUUUUCUUAUUGUAUAAGGUAACAGCUGAAACAUUGCUUAGCUUAAGAAAGAUCGUGCUAGACAAUGUCUAGCAGUCUAUGUAGAUAAUAAAAGUACCCUGGCUUGGUGAGCAUUAACUUAGACGUUAGUUAAUACUGUAACUAGUGUGAUACGGCUUACUAAAUAUUUUAAAUUGAUGUUAUUAGUGUUAAUGUAUGUUCCAUGGUACCGCGCACUCGUCAGAAGCCUCGUUGUUGUUUCCCUCGCUAUUAUAGUCGCUAGAGUCGUCCACGGCUGGACAAGUUUCCCCAUAGUAGCCACGGUUGUUCUAUGUCACAUAGUGCCGUUAUUGAACAGGUGACCAGAGGCCUAGAGUACG